AAGGAAAAAGAUAUAUAAUCGUCGAGAGCUUUAACGCGUUAUGUUUAAAAUGGUAGUUGAGGGAAUAUGUGUACUAUCAAACUUGCUUUCCAGUUUUGACUUUUGACAAAAUCUGCAAACAAAUGACGACAAAUGAUUAGGUUUGUGUAAUUAUACAUUUAUGGGCAUGCAUAUGAUAUGUUUGGAGACUUAUUCUUGAUCCUUAGGUACACAUAUUCAAAGUUGCUCAUUGUGUUGUGUAGAAGUUAUGUCCAUGCAGGUUUUCAUAUAAAUUCAUUGUUUUCUUCAUUUUUCUUUAGUCCUUCAAAAUCUCUAGUAGAUUUUUUUUAGGGGCAUUGAGAUGGAAAGAUUUUAUGGUGCAAGAAGAACCCAGAGAUGGACACUCUCUAUGAAAUCUGUCCUUCGCUCAAUCUGUGGUGUGAUGGUCAUGAGAUCAAGAAAAGUUCCGAGAUGGGAGAAUAUGGAUAGAGAUAUUUUAGCCAAGAUUUUCGAGAUGCUCAACGUAGUGGAUAUUACCAUGGGAGCAUCACGCGUCUGCGUCACUUGGUUCCUUGUCGCUCACCAAAAAUCUCUAUGGAAAACCAUCAACCUCGCCAAUCUCCAACUUGCCGACUUCAAGCAUCCUCGACUACAAAACUUGCGGUUCGAAUCCCAAAACGUAAUAGAAGGUCUACACAAUCCCAGGAGGGUUUUGCUUGAAAUUACCAAAUUCAGUGGUACCGCCCCGACCAAUUUGUUCUUCAACUUCUAUUCCUUCAUAGAAGAUGAGGAUCUCAUCAUUGCUUUUGAGAGGAUGCCAAAUAUCAGAAAACUUGUCUUAUCUCAGUGGUGCAAUAUAAGUGAGAAUGCAUAUCAACUUGCAUUCAGUCAAUGGAAGAACCUUCACACAUUAAUCAUCUCUCCACACUUCUUCCUCAAGGGGAUGGUCAAGUGUGUUCGAGUCGUCGGAGAAAAUUGUACAAACCUCACCAAUCUGAAACUUUCGGGUCAUGUCGACAAAUAUCUAACUGAGGAAAUUGUGCGUUACCUCCCAAAGCUCAAGAGAGUGAGUAUGAGAUGUUGUGUCAUCGACUCUGUUCAAGAAGUUUCCUUAUUCAUCACAUGCCUCCAAAACCUAACGAUCCUUAAUCUCUCACAUUGUGUGCUCAAAACCCUAGUGAAGGGUUCUUUAUUCGAGGAGAGUUUCAUAAAAAUCGCCACUCGGAAGAUUGACACAUUAAUCAUGUGUUCGAAAGUCGGUUGCAGGUUAUGCGAAGAUCGAUCUCGCGCAUUAGAAUCAGAUGCUUUUUACGAGAAGCAUUGGCGGAAUGAUGAGAUUAAAGAACUUGAAUUCUGAGAUUUUGAAAAGCUUCAAUUUGCUGGUAUUUUUCAGAAAAUUUUAUAGGAUUCUAUUUCACAAUUACCUUAUAUAUGUGACUCUUAUUAGUUAUUACUAUACAUGUAAAACUCUUCCAUUACAAGAUGUGUAUGUUUCAUUUGAUAAAUCGUGUUCAUGUUAUCGUGCAUCCACACAUAACGAUGAGAAAAAUGUUACUCUUGACUUCUUGAGCUAGAU